AUGAGCCCCCGUCGCUCGUCUCGAGCCCGUACCUCGCAACCUUCGCCAGCAAUUCAGCAUACAAAUUCAUCGAGCUCCUCAAACUCCAUGACACGAGAAAGAAGCACGAGGUCGAACCACAAGAACCCCUCCCCACGCUCCCAGUCGGUCGACGAUGCGGAUAAACCCGAAUUUCGCGAGACGCGGCAGCGCCAACGCGCCCGAGGCGAUGACGAAAUCGAUCCUCUCUCCAAGCGUACCGAUGGGGAGGACGAUGAUAUAGACGAUGAGGAGGAGGAUGAAGAAGAGAUUACGCGGUGUCUCUGUGGACAACAGGACUACCCCGGCCUUCCCUCCUCUCGGAGGGAGGCUCUCGGUCGCAAUGGUGCGCGAGGCCUGAUUAAAGAUGAAAAUCCCCUCAAUAUCUCCGCAGACUCGUCGGAUUUGUUGUCAGAUGAAAUCGGCAGCAUGUUCAUUCAAUGUGAUUCCUGCAAAGUUUGGCAGCAUGGUGGCUGUGUCGGGAUCAUGGAUGAGGCGAUGAGCCCCGACGAGUAUUUUUGCGAAGAGUGCCGAAAGGAUCUGCAUAGUAUUAGGAGCGAGAUGAAUGGGCAAUAUUCCUCUCAGUAUCUACCCGUCGCUCCUAUCCCCUCCUCUGCGGUCACCUCACGAGAUUCUUCGCGCGAUAAUGCCAAGCGGUCGAAGGAACAGAGAUCGCGAAAUUCGGAUACAUUCCCGAAUCCUAAGCGGCGAUCCACCAUGAACAGCCGGGACGCCGCAUACGACGAAGAGGAACAGAUACGACGGGCCAUCGAAGAAAGCAAGGAGGACAAUCAAGGCGAUGGAGAAGAAGGGUCUCGGAGGUCCAAGAGGAGCCGGAGCGACAGUGAAGCUCACAGACAAAACGCAAAACGACCGCGAACUACCUCUCCGUCCCCGGAUAUUACCUCAAAACAGAGCAACCCAGCCUCUCCGGCUGUUUCAGACGAUGAGUCGAAAUCAAAACCACUUACAAACGGUAAUAGGAAGCAAAGAGCCACGUCGCGUGGCCAGCGUGAAAAUGACACAAAGGAGCCAGAAGAACCGGAACCAGAGCCGGCAGAGGUUGCAGGCCGACGAAAAGGAAGGCCCGAUAGACGGAAAGGUGAAGGAGCUGAUUCAGAUCAUGAAAUGGAAUCAUCGACGAAGCCGACUGCGAUUGAGGCUGAAAUCUUCUCACACCCACCAAGUCCAGAACCCUCAGUACCUGCUCCCGACUCUGUACCCAUACGUCCCUCUACACGCAAGUCCGGACGACCACCUGCAAGGCGUGGCCGUGUAGGGCGGAAUCAAUACACUCGGGAGCGAGAUGUCAAUGGCACGGGAACCGACUCGAACACGGGCAAUUCACCACGCCGUGGGCAGUCUCUUGAAACGGGCGGAGACUCACCAAGGAUCGGCUCUGCUGGAACGCCGGCAAACGGCACCGAUACGGGAAAACCAAGUCGACCCCGCUACGUUCAUCAACGGACGACAAUGAACGAGAUGAAGAGGCGUGUUGCAGCAAUUCUUGAGUUCAUAUCAAGAAUGCAGGUCGAAAUGGCUGUCGCCGGUGAGAGUACGACACCCCCUGGAAACGGCGAACGCCCCAAUGGAACGGGAAGCAUCCUCCUUAGGGCAGUUGCCGAAUUACAGGGAGGUGCUCUUUCAAACAAUGUCGAUGGGGGAUCCUCAGGCACUGCUGAUGGUGGCGCGGGGUCCGCUGAGCUGCCUACCGAAAAGGACUUCAAGGAUUUGAGCAGCCUCGAAAUGAUGGACGUACUCACCCGUCAUCUCCUCAAGUGGCAGCAAGAAUACGGAAAGUUCGGAGAGAGAUGA